CGAACUUCAGCACUUCCUUUCUAUAUGUCUUAUGAUCAGUAUUUCUCUUUCUAGUUCAUCUUUCUGCUGGUAGAUAGAUAGCCAUGAAGGUUUUCUUCUUCAUCGGUGAAUAUAACUAAACUUUCGGUGUAGGAUGAUGUUCGUUUUAAACUUAUUUUGAAGGACAGAGAUAAUAUGGCAAAAUUAUUACAAGCUUUAACAAUUAUAAUUAAAGUUGUAUAUACAUUUUCUACAGCUUUGCUGGGUGUAUCCAUCGCUGACCAGCGUCCUCCCACAAGUUACGGAGCACCAAAUGGAGGUUUCGGUGCCUCAAAUGGAGCUCCAAGCAAUGGGUACACGACUCCAGGAAGCAAUGGCUUUGGAGCGUCCCCAAGUAAUGGAAAUGGUGCCCCUACAAACAACGGUUACGGUUUAUCGUCAAGCAAUGGGUUCGCAGUUGCUCCAAGCAAUGGUUAUGGAGCUCCCCCAACUAAUAGGUAUGGUCCCCCAACAGGUUCUUAUGGACUAGAUCCGGAGCUGGUUGCUCUGCAGGACAACAUCCCAGGAGGUGGUGUCCCCGGUGAAGACUACCCAGUCUUGUCUUCUCCACCAGACACUGGCUUCUCUUGUGAUGACCAGGCAGUGGCUGGUUAUUACGCUGACACUGCCCCUGAUGCCGGCUGCCAGGUGUUCCACAUUUGCCAGGACCGUGCCCUCAGACGCCAGAAGGACUCAUUCCUGUGCCCCAACGGUACCAUCUUCAACCAACAGUACCUGGUGUGUGACUGGUGGUUCAACGUGGACUGUUCUCAGGCUGAAAACUUCUACUCCGUCAACGAACAGAUUGGCGUCGUCCCCAGUGCUGGCUAUGGUUAUGGUCCUAGCACCAACGGCAUUGCCAAAGGAAUUGGUAAUGGGAAUGGUAAUGAUUAUAAUAACGGCAAUGGAUCCAAUGGUAAUGGAAGAAAAGAAAAUAUCACGAAUGGCAAUGGCAGGAAUGGAAGCAAUAGUUAUGGAUUCAAUGGAAAUGGAAGGAACAGAUACGGCGGUAAUGGUGCCAGUAGUAAUGGUAGAAGUGGAAGCAACGAAUACGGAUCCAAUGGAAAUGGAAGCAACGAAUAUGGAUCUAAUGGAAAUGGAAGCAACGAAUAUGGAUCUAAUGGAAAUGGAAGCACCGAAUAUGGGUCCAAUGGAAAUGGAAAGAACGGAAACGGUUAUGAGAGCUUUUCUGAUGAUUAUGACAGCAAUGAAAGUGGCGUAAGCAAUGAAUAG